AUGUCCGCACCCGCGACAGAGCUGCCCAACGGCAGCACCAACCCGCUCGCCGCCUCCACCUCGGACGUCGUCCACGCACCCCCGCCGCCCGAGAUCGAGGCGACCCUUCAGCGUCUCUCGGCCUACCGCAACGUCCGCGGUGUCAUGAUCCUCGCGCGUAGCUCGGGGCAGGCGGCCAACGCGCCCACCCACCCCGCGAGCGGUAUCCUCCAGAGCACCGGCGCCGUAUUCGAGGGCGAGAGUGGUCGUCGUUAUGCCGGCGCGCUCGAAGCCGUUGUCAACGCUACGGCCGGAGCUGUCAGCGCGUGCGAUGAAGGUGUGAGUGUCAAAGGGUGA